CGGAGCGUCGGUGGAAAAGCCGAGCGGCGAUCUUGGUUCUCCUGGGCAGCGGCUGGCAGCUUCCAUGGCCGGGCGGGGGCUCCUCGGGGGCUCCGGUUCUUUGCCGCCGCUCCUCCUGGGGCUGCUGGUGGUGCUUUGGCCCCGCGGAGGGAGCGCCGAUCCCGGCUCCGGAGCGGCCCCGUUGCGGUUCAACGUCAGCCUGGACAGCCCAGCCGAGAGCCGGUGGGCCCCGGUCGCCCAGCACUUCGAGCCCGCGUUCAUGCGCUCCGUCGUCCGGCGAGUCAUCGAUUCUGUGAUCCCCAAAUGGGUCCAUGGCGUUAUUCGACCUAUCGCAGAAGAAAUAGAAACCUACAUCCCCCAGCCUUAUGAAGGAGAGAUUCGGGGACUUUCCGAAAUCUUCGGGAUUAACGUCGGUGACGGGGUCCUCCUGAAUCUGGCCUACGAAUUCACCGCUUUCUGCACCAGUAUAGUUGCCCAAGACAAACAAGGAAAUAUAUAUCAUGGUCGGAAUAUGGACUAUUACUUUGGGGAUUAUUUAAGCAAGAUUACUAUCGAUGUGGACUUUAUCAAGGAUGGGCAGGUAAAAUUCAGAGGUACUACAUUCUUCGGCUACGUCGGUUUAUGGACAGGGCAAAGUCCUCACAAAUUUUCCAUCUCUGGGAAUGAACGAGAUGUUGGCUACUGGUGGGAGAAUGCCAUGGCAGCCUUUUUGGCUCGAUUCAGUCCAGCCAGCUGGCUUAUCAGAACUGUUCUAAGUGAAGCAGAAGAUUUUCAAACGGCUUUCUAUAUGCUCGCCAAGAUACCCAUUAUAGCAGAUGUUUAUUAUAUCAUUGGAGGCAAAACAGCCAGACAAGGGGCAGUAAUCACAAGAAAAAGAACAGGCCCGGAAGAUGUUUGGCCUUUGGAUCCUUUAAAUGGGGAGUGGUACCGAGUGGAGACUAACUAUGAUCAUUGGAAAAACCCACCGCCUUAUGAUGAUCGAAGAACUCCAGCUAUUAAAGCACUAAAUGCGACAGGACAGGAACAUAUCAAUCUUAAUUCCCUCUUUAAGGUAUUAUCGACAAAACCUGUAUUAAACAAGCUAACCAUUUAUACCACUUUGAUGAGUAACGCGGAUCCAGACAAGUAUCAGACUUUUAUCAGGACCCUGGAGUGAAAAUGUAAAACAAAGGAAUGAAAAUCUUUGAAAACGCAAAGGCAGCAGCUGUGUUUAUGAACUGCGUAUGCACAAUAACUGACUAACUGAUGUAUAUAGUAUUCUCUUCGGACGUACCAUUUUUAAAAGAAGAAAAAGGAAAUUACUGCCUUCCAAUCCAGUGGUCGAGAUUUCACACUCGUCCAGAUUUGCUGACACAAUCUAAUAUAAUCACUAAUGAGGAUCCUCUGAUUAAACUCAUAUAUGAUGCUUUCUUAGUCAUCUCCUUCCUUUCAUAAGUAUACUAAUUGGUUCUGACAGAAUAAGCGAUGUAAGCAGAUAAUUGGAAAGUAUGUAAUGAAUCUAACAAAAAUAAAAUAAAAUGAAGAGAUCUA